UGUGACGUCUCAUUCACCACAUCCUGGUUUUGACUUGACAAGACGCCGACAUAGCUGCAGUUUAACGGUUUUCCUGUCAAUUUUCAGUUCACACAUAUAUGCACGCGUAUGCUCUUGUAGGAUAUAAUUUCUCACUACACCAGCUAAAGUGCACGCAUCAACACUGUCCAAUAAAUAAUUAUAUUCCAUCAUGGUAGGCUACUGUCCAAUCUGUGGGAAGCCCGUUUACUUUGGUGAGAAGAAGAGGUCCUUAGGGAGGGACUACCACCCUCUGUGUCUGAAGUGUCAAAAGUGCAACAGACAGCUCACAGCUGGACAACAUGCUGAGUAUGAUGAGAAGCCAUACUGUUCACACUGCUACCUGAAGAUGUUUGGUCCAAGAGGUAACAGGUGACUGGUGUCGCCAUGGCACAGUGCAGCUCCUUCACAGACUCCCAACUGAGCCAAAAUGGACAAACUCUGACAUACGCCUGUUUAUUGGCCAAAAAAUGAAAGAAUUAAUAAAUAUAUAUGAAUGAUAGACAGAUAUCUAACAACUUUAGUUGAUUAUCAUUAACACCUUCACAAAAUUAAAUAUUUAUAAAUGUGCGGUGACCACUUGAUGCCAUGUGUACGUGAUUGUUCACUUUCAUAAUGUAAAUGAAUUUUGUGUGUAGAAAAUUGUAAGUCAGUAUUAAUAAAUGGUAGAUGUCUCA